GACCGGCUGCAGGCGGCAGGGGCGCAGAGGAAGCGAGGCGGCGGGCUGGAGAUAUGGACCGGGGCAAGCAAGGUGUGCUGAGAACAGACCCAGUACCAGAGGAGGGGGAAGAUGCUGCUGCCACGAUCAGUGCCACAGAGGCCCUGUCAGAAGAGGAGCAAGAAGAGCUAAGACGAGAACUUGCAAAGGUAGAAGAGGAAAUCCAGACUCUUUCUCAGGUAUUAGCAGCAAAAGAGAAGCAUCUAGCGGAGAUCAAGAGGAAACUUGGAAUCAGUUCACUACAGGAAAUAAAGCAGAACAUUGCCAAAGGGUGGCAAGAUAUGACAGCAACAUCUGCAUAUAAGAAGACAUCUGAAACCUUGUCUCAGGCUGGACAGAAGGCUUCAGCUGCUUUUUCAUCUGUUGGAUCAGUCAUCACUAAAAAGCUGGAAGAUGUGAAAAACUCCCCAACUUUCAAAUCAUUUGAAGAAAAAGUUGAAAACUUAAAGUCCAAAGUAGGGGGAACCAAGCCUGCUGGCGGUGAUUUUGGAGAAGUCUUGAACUCGACUGCAAAUGCUAGUGCCACCGCUACAGAGCCUCUCACAGAGCAGACACAGGAGAACCCGUGA